GAAGAGCUUUGGAAAGCUUAUUUGGUUUGGCUGGAAAAGCAGGGCAUUCGUGGUCUCGACGGUGUUGAAAACGGGUGGACUAUCGACUUUUGGAGCCAAAAACUCACCGAGCUGGUGAAAAACGAGAUCAUGCAGAUUUUUAAGUCGGGCCCAUUGCCGGGCAAAGGACCGGCGCGCAAGUGGAAUCAAAGGCACAGCUUGGCUCUGCCAAAGAAGCUCACAUCAUUGGAG